ACGUCCCUCUCUCACAUUUCAUUUCUAUCAUCAUGCCCCACCACAAACGAGCCGACCUCCUCGAAGCCGCGAAAUCUUUCUGCGAUACCUUCGCGCAAAAGAAAUCACCAGACGAAAUCCUAAGUUACUUCUCCUGGUCCCCCGACAUCCUCGCCUACGAACAUGGCCUGAAGGAGCUCGCGCCUUUCCUCGGACGGGAAUUCCGGGGACCUGGGGGCGUACGCAAGUACUUUGAGACCCUCGUGAAAUUUCUAAGUUAUGAGGACAUGCAAUUUGCGGACUACAUCGUCGACGCUGUGGAGAAUCGCGUCGCGGUUAAGGGUACUGCGAGGUUUACAUGGACUGAGACGGAAGAGAGUUGGGAUGAGGUCUUUGCAUAUGCGCUGAAGUUUGAUGAUCAGCAUAAGGUAGUUAGCUACGAGGUGUGGGCUGAUUCGGGUGCUGCGUAUCUCGCGAGUAAAGGUCGACUGAAAGAAUUGAGGGCUGAGACGAUUGAAUGAUUGGUUGGCUGGUUAAUUGACAACCUAUUGUCCGAAAUUCUCAGGUUCAACUAUUGGAAUUCCCAUUUACAUCAGCAGGGUCAAAACCGAGUUCUUUGUUUAACCCCAAUACCUUCAUCGACCACCAGAUACCCAAUAAAUACCUAACAACCACCCCAACUCGAGCUAUGCGGAGAUCUUCUAUAUUUAUACCCUACAAUUGAUCUAGUACUUAUACAAACGAUACCUACGCGUCUUGAAGUUCGCCCAUUAUCUCGCAUCUACGACACGCAAUUUUAGAAACCCGACACGGAUAGAGCGUAAACUCUAUGCUUUCUAAGACCCCGAAGCAUUGACUCUUACUUCCUCUUCCGGGCAUUACUCUCGCCCUCUUUGACAACCUCGUCACGGUCCCAGAGUAGCGCGAAAGCGCCCGCUGCGGGGCCACCGGCGAUUGUCCAGAAGGCGAAUGUACCGAUAGACUUAACCGCCGAGCGCCCGGGUGUCGU